AUGUUGAGAGAUUCCAUUUUUCGAACCAAGGUAUACAAACCCUCGAGGCUCGACAACAUACUUUCCGCCUGGCCGAAGAUCCCAGUAUCUGCAGCAAGGAAACUGGUCAUUAGGGGCGUGUUGAUCAGUAGUGGGCUUCUGGCAUAUUGGUAUCUGAAAGGACAUCAACGGAAUGAAGACACGCAUCAGAGGCCUAUGGCGAGCAAGAUCGUCCAAGACGCGAAGUUCCGACUUGCGACAGAGUGCCACUACUUGACUACCAGGGAAGCUGACGAGCGACUCCGUGCUCACGAAGAACGUUUCACUUUUGGGCCAUUUACAACGACCAAAUCGCUUGAGCUGAAUGAGGUGUACUCAGCGGAACCACCACCAGACGCUGAAUCACUAAGGCAAGCCAUACGGCGUGGAUUUGGAACUGCAAGCAAUCAUCGGAUGACCACCUUAUUGCGUUCUCGGCAAGGAUCAGCUCAGCAUACGGCCCUAGACUCACAAAUCACUCCAGCACCAGCGCCUCUCCCGGCUGCGCAUAAAGCCAAGGAGGAAACCAGCCAGCACAAAGCUCCAGAGUUGCAUACCGCAGCACCUCCUCUAUUUCCAGGGGCUGCGCAUGACUCUAAGGGGGAGACCACCCACCGAUGUGCUUUGCUGUUAGUCUACGACCAUCAAGAUCGGGUUUUGCAUGUGGCAUCGACAGGAGGGCCAUAUCUGCUUAGAAACAGCCCGCUUCUGGGGACCCUCGGACUCUUAUGGGGCCAGAAAAGUUUGCCUGGGGCUCACAAGUCGGAUGAUAAUACCCUGACGAUUCCGAGACCAACUAUCUUACAACUCACCCCCGAGCCACUUGUGACUAGUGUUGAGGUCGAGCCUGGGAGUGGAUGUUUCGUUGUGAUGGCCUCGGGUAGACUGUGGGAGUGCUUGAGUGCGGUGGAAGUUGUGGCACUGGUAGGACGAUGGAUGGACGAGCCGAAGAACACAGGCACUGAGGAGGGCCUCAAAGGAUGGACCAAGUACAUUAACUCGGUGGGCUUGACAACAGUGUCCAAUCGUGCUCUGACCGGCCAAGGAAGACUGUCCCAAAGAACUUUGAACUUCACGAGUCCAGAUGAAAGGUUCGUGUUGGAGGAUGGAAAUGCUGCAUCUCAUCUUAUCCGGAACGCUCUUGGAGGGAGGCUGCAGAGCCAGCCCUUGAGUGCUUGGCUCAGGUUCUCGCUCUUGCUUGGCAGGGGGUAUCCUGCUGACAUGACAACCUCAGUUGUUUUCUUUGGUGUCAAACCCCCAGAUGUGGGCGAAAGGUUCAGAGGUCUGGCAAAACUAGCAUAUCAAUGCAGGGUUUUGAUUGCAAGGUUGGCCGUUGACAUCACGAUUAGGUCUGCUGAACUUGCUCAAGCAUUGGCUCCAGUUUAG